AUGUCCUCCUCCAGCUCCUCUAGUGAUUCAGCUAUGGAUAUAGUGGAGGGGGGCAUUGGCCCUUCUGGCCAAGAUCAAGGAGAAGCAAGUGGGAGAAGCAAGAAGAAGCAGAGAGAGCCAAGGAUUUUAAAAGUAGCAUGUCCUGGGAGGAAGAGUAAAUAUUCUGACAGCUUUGGUGCAGAGGAGAAUAAAGUACUGGUAAACAAGCUUUGCCAGUACUACCAAUGUAUGUUUGGGGGAGCAGCCAAAAAUACUUCUAGAGCAAGAAAAAACAAAAUGUGGAGGAAGAUUGCGGCAUCGGUGAACACUGUUGGAGGGAACAACCGCACCCAGGAGGUGGUGAAGAAACGUUACUACGACAUCAGGCGGAUGGUGAAGAGGAAGGUGAAGGCAGCAGCCGCCUCCAGGAAGACAGGAGGUGGUUCACAAGACAAAGAACCGAACCUGCUGCCCUAUGAAGAGGAGCUCCUGCAGUUCCUGGGAAGAGACAACAUCCUUGGGAUUGAGGGGACAACUGGCACUGAAACAUCUGAAGACCAUCCGCAACUUGUCGAUGUUCCUUCACCACGUAUGAGUGUGGUUUCCCUCCAACAGCCGGCCACUGGUGUCCAGGAACAGGGAUCCACUGCUGAGCGUUCUGAUGGUACUCUCCCCCUGCAAGAGGAGGGUACCAUUACCCUAACAGCAGUGGAUCCUGAUUCAGAGACAUCAGUGGGCGAAGAACAGUUGCCGCAACUUCCUCCAACGAUGGCUGCGCUGUAUGCGACGAGCCCGGCUCGUCAAGCUGAACCGGACACGUCCAUACAGCAGGAUAGGGAAUAUCUGCGAGAACUUUUGCAGAAUGUGGUAACCGAGGACUGCUCCUAA